UCCAACAACUUUGUUUCUUACUCUUCCCCUUUCUUGUAACCCGAGGCCUUAUUUCUAAACUCAACCUCCUAUUUAUUCACUGCACGAUAUAUUUUCCUAAAUCCUAAUCAUUCUUUUGAGCUCAACCCUUCUCAAACAACUGCACUACACAACCUACACAAUAACCUCCGACAUACCUCACCUCAAAUCCAUACACCCUAAUCACCUGCUAUGUCUUUAGAUGAAAAGACCAGUGUGUCUACACUUCCAUCGUCCCGCCGCCACCUUCGUAUUCUCGCUACCGCACUCCUGCUCGUCACGCUUUUCACACUCACCUCAAUACCUCUCACGUCUCCGUUCCCACCUCGCCCAUAUCCAUAUGUGAGGUCUGACCCCCACCUCUUUGGAAACCCUGUUGCGAACCCCAUCACUGGAGACGGGCCGACGUGGUCUCCCGCAGCCAGACACAUGUCCUCAGGACACCGCGGGAUGGUUGCCAGCGAUUCCGAAUUAUGUUCCCAGAUGGGUUCAGGGAUCUUGGCGGACGGGGGUUCAGCGGCGGACGCAGCUGUUACGGUGGCGUUGUGUAUUGGUGUCGUCAACUCCUUCUCUUCCGGGAUUGGUGGCGGCGGCUUCAUUAUUUCCAAACCCUACGGAGCACCGGCAGUCUCCUUCGAUGCUCGUGAAGUAGCACCACAAGCGGCACAUCGUGACAUGUACAAAGACCAUGAGCAUCUCUCCCAGUUUGGCGGGUUGGCCGUUGCCAUACCUGGCGAGUUACAGGGCUUGUAUGAACUCUACCGGAUGCACACGUCCGGGGUCCUUAGCUGGGCUGAUCUUAUUGCGCCUGUAACGGCAUUGUGCCAUGAGGGCUUUGUUGCCAGCAAUAUCUUGGAGUUUGCGGCCAGCAGAGAUAGCGAUGUCUUCUUCGAGCUUAAGGAGUAUUGGGGGUGGAUUUUCCGCGGAGACAGACUUGUUCGGGAGGGCGAAAUUGUCACCCGGCCAGAAUUAGGAAAGACACUUCUGCUCAUCGCUGCCAACGGGUCCAGUGCCAUUUUCUAUGAUCCCGAAGGGCCAAUCGUGCCAUCUUUAGUGGAGCUUUCACGGAAAUUUGGCGGGAUUAUUACCAAGGAUGACUUCGCGAACUACUCCGUGCGGAUUGAGCCAGCAUUAGAGACGAAUUACUUAGACCACGCGGUGUACACCACCAACGGGGCAUCCAGUGGACCGGUGCUUAUUUCUGGAUUGAAUGUUCUAAAUGGCUAUGGAAGUCAGAAUAACGGAGAUUUCUCUCUUGUGCCUUCCCAUCGGAUGAUUGAGACAUUCAAGUACAUGGCCGCGGUGAGAUCAAACUUGGGAGAUGUGGUUGAUUGGGACCACCAGGAGCAGAAAGUUAGACAGGAGAGAACCGCCAAGUUUUCCACCCCAGAAUGGGCUAGGGAGGUCAGACACAACAUUAGCGAUUCUCGCACGUUGCCUUGGCAGGAAUACAACUCGGCGUACCGGGUGGCAGAAAACCACGGAACAGCUUCGUUUUCCAUCGUAGAUUCCUAUAACAAUUCCGUCGCGAUGACCUCUACGGUUAAUCUCCUCUUUGGAUCUAUGCUUCACGAUCCCGUCACGGGCGUCAUUCUCAAUAAUGAGAUGGAUGACUUUUCAAUUCCAGAUACUACCAACGCGUUUGGCUUGAAGCCUGUGAUCUACAAUUUUAUCUCACCCAGACGCCGCCCCCUUUCGUCUAUGUCCCCGACGAUCGUCACCAACAGUGAUGGGACACCGGAUUUGGUCAUUGGCGCCGCUGGCGGCAGUAGAAUCACUACUGCCAUUCUUCAGGCGAUUGUGCGGACCUACAGCUACAACCUUCCGUUGCUCGAGACAAUUGCGUUUCCGCGUUUGCACCACCAGCUCUUUCCGGAAGAGGUGUACGUGGAGGAGCCUGUUUCCCAGGAGUUCAUUGCGGGUUUGGAGGCCAGGGGGCACAAGGUGUCUGUUAUUGACCAUCUUACAGCCAUGAACGGAAUCAGAAAGGCCGAGGAUGGGUGGAUUGGGGUUAGUGACUGGUGGAGAAAGCGUGGGUGCGCCUCAGGGUGUUAAGGCCUAGGCCUGCGAGGUAUGUAAAGAAAUAUAUGGUACUUUCCGACUAAUAAGAUAUUUUUAAGGUGU